UUAAAAGAAGAGAAUUUUGAUUAUCGUGGGGUCUUAAAGUUAAUAGCUAAGAUAGGGUCGCUUUGCUGUGUGGCCGCAAGGCCACAUGGGUCUAGCACCACCAGUAGGGAAUGGUCUGUGGGUCGCAAUGAACCAUUUUGGCUGACAAACUCGAGCAUCUCACCACCCUUGUCGACGAGAUGGGAUUAUCGUUUCCAUUCUGAAGGGCUCUCGUUUGGCUCUCAAGGAGAUGGUGGAGUUGCACGUUAUGUAUCAUCUCGUUCAUCAAAUAGUAAAAGUAGCAGGAGCUGGGGGAGGGGUGAUUCUCCUGGCAAUCAUCAAUUUUCUGCCUCUGAUGGUGCAAUUUCGUAUAUCAGUAGCCCUUCUGAUAGCUUCCAAAAUCAUCAAUUGACACCAGCACCCACACAAGGGGCUAAUGUUGAAGAGUUUGUUGGAGAUCCAGCGUCUGGACCUCUGAUCUCAUCAUUGGUGGAGGGAACUCUAGGAUUCUCAUCUUUUAAUGGUUCCAUUUCUUCCCGUUCAGAUGGCAGUGAAUAUGAUCCUAUAUCAAAAUCCCACAGUUCUGCCCGCCGCAGCUUCUCAAAUCAUCGGUUUUUCAUGUCAAAGCCCAUUCAUCCUGUAUCAUUCCCUGACCACAUUACUGGAAUUGAAGAACAAAAUCAUACUGUUGGUUCUACAAUCUCCAGCAGCAGUCUACAUUCUGAUCAUAGGUCCACCAGACCGCUGCCAGAGCUUCAUUCUCUUUGGUUCUCAGAGAUUGGUGCCAACCUUCCAAGGGAAUCAGUGCGUUGGAGUAGCACUGGCAGUAUUGACUUCACAGGCAUCUCUGAACAAUUGGAACCUGAGGUGGGUUAUCCAUAUAAUGCUGUGCCUGAGGUUUCCAAAUGUGGACUUUGUGAGAGGUUAUUGUCUCAAAGAUCACCAUGGGGUUCUCGCCGGAUUGUUCGUAGCGGAGAUAUGCCAGUAGUUAGUGUCCUGUCAUGUGGGCAUGUGUAUCAUGCUGAAUGCUUAGAGCAGGUCACACCUAAGACGUACAAACAUGAUCCGCCUUGCCCGCUUUGCAUGAAGCCAGACAAGAAUGUUCCAGACCAGUGGGCAGUUUGCCUGGCGAGAAAUAGAAUUCCAAGGUUAAGAUCACCAAGGGGAGAAGGGCCUUCGAGUAUGUGGAGCUGCACACAGGUGGGAGAUUGUGUAGAAGGGGCUUUACACACGCCAAACCAGAGUAAGAUGAUUUUGUCGAGUCGGAACCGUCUCAAGAGGCAGCUGUCAUUGAAGGGAAAUUCGGCCAAGGAACGAGCAGAGAAUUUGAAGAAAAGUGGGCUCUGUCCAUCCAAUGGUUUUCAAGGAGGAAUACGAGUGGGUCAAGGAACAUCUUGGUGCUCCUCGUCAUCAGACAUCUAGCCAUGUCUAACAAGAUGGUGCAGCCGUGUCACAAGUAGGAACAUAAAAGCCAUGCUUCCCCAAGUAGUCAAUCCAUGAACAAAAUGUGAACCGGUUUGUCUGACUGGCAGUUGUGGUCGCUUCUUUUGUGUCAUGGUUUCGCAGUUAUUGUGAAGUUUGAGUGCCCCGGGUGAUUUUUUUGUAAAAGCUUUAAAUAGGGCAUGGGAAUGUGCUUCCAUUUUCAGGUUUUUCAGUGUUGGUGAUGCCCUAAAACUUUAACAUGUCAUUCUGGAAGUGUAUUGGCUUCAAAUCAUUAACUCAUGGGUAGGUUUCCUCGGGCAUUCCCAGUCUUGUAUCUGAAGCAAGUUUGUUACCCUUGCUUUUAUCUUGGUAUGUAUGCCACUUGCACCUAAUAUAAUAUUCUUAGAAACUUA